AUGAUCAAGCCGGCACUCACUCUACUUCUACUGGUACUGACGGUCCACCUAGCGGCAUCGGCCUACGUGCGCAGCGACAUCGUGGGCAAUCGCCCGGGCCUGCCGCAGCAGAACUCGUCCCUGAUCCAGGCCAGCACGUUCGACGCCACCCUGGUCAACCCGUGGGGCCUGGCCUUCGGCCCGACCACCCCGGCCUGGAUCGCCGCCAACGGCGCAAGCACCCUGGCCCUCAUCUCGGGCAGCGGCUCGGUCUCGUCGCUUAAGGUCGCUGUCGGCACGGACACGCCCACUGGCCUGGUCUUCAACCCAUAUGCCACGGACUUCACCAUCCCAUCGGCCUCAUCCACGUCGACGUCGGGGUCGUCGAUGAUGAACCUGACCGGGGGCACACCGUCGCUCUUCAUCACGGCGACGGAGCAGGGCAACAUUUGGGCGUGGGGCGCCACCCUGAGCAGCCUCACCUCGGCCGUGCGUGUGGCCAGCAGCCCCUCGAGCGUGUUCAAGGGCCUCGCCAUCGCCGCCAACGGCACCGCGCGCUUCCUCUACGCCGCCGACUUUGCCAACAGGGAGGUGGUGGUGUUCGAUAGCGCGUUCCGGCGUAUCAACAUGACCGGCCGCUUCGUGGACCCCGACAUCCCCUCCGACUUCUCGCCCUUCAACGUGGCCAACAUUCUGGGCGACAUCUUCGUAGCCUACGCUCAGCAGAACGCCUCCACGCCCGGCGAGGAGCAAACCGGGACUAGUCUGGGCUUCAUCUCCGUGUUUGACCCGAGCGGCCGACUGGUCCGUCGCUUCGCCUCGCGCGACGUGCUCGACGCGCCGUGGGGAAUGGUGCUGGCCCCGCUCAGCUUCGGCGAGUUCGGCGGCAGCCUGCUGGUGGGCAACUUCGGCGACGGCCGCAUGUGGGCAUUCGACUUGGCCACAGGGCAGCGCCGCGGGCAGCUGCGGACGACCGACAACCGCGAGAUCGUGGCGGAGGGCCUGUGGGGCAUGGCGUUCGGCAACGGCGCAAUGAACCAACCGACCAACACCCUCUUCUUCAACGCCGGCAUCAACGACGAGGCGGACGGCCUCUUUGGCCGCAUCGAGCCUGCUCCCUCCAACGCCACCAGAUCAGCCUAG